AUGGACUGCCCAGCAGCAAACACGGUUCUGUUCUGCCCUCUGAAAAUUGGGAGUGGGACUAUUUCCAGUCGUAUCGUCAUGGCACCAAUGGCGAGGCUUCGAAAUAGCCGGCGGCACGUACCAUUGGUACCUAUGGUGCCCACCUAUUUCGCUGAACGCGCCAGUUAUCCGGGAUCACUUGUCAUAAGUGAAAUGACCAUCGUAUCUCCUCGAGCGUCUGGCUACCCGCACUCUCCUGGAAUCUGGACAAAUGAACAAGUUGCGGCGUGGAAAGCAGUCACGGCCGCUGUUCAUGCUCAGGGAUCACGCAUCUAUCUUCAGAUCGGAGCACUUGGCCGAGUCGCAAAUCCCAACGUGCUAGAAGAAGACGCUGUAUUGUUUGGCCUGCCUAAGGAUUCGGUCCGGUUUGCCGCUCCAAGCCCAAUCCCUUGUAGCAGAGGCCAUCCGACUCCGGCAGAACUGACUACAGAAGAAAUCAACACCCUGGUACAAGACUUUGCUGCGGCGGCCAAGCGUGCCGUGUUUGACGCAGAAUUUGAUGGGGUUGAAGUUCACGGCGGCUAUGGCUACCUCAUUGACCAAUUCAUCCAAGACACAUCAAACCAGCGCACAGAUUGCUACGGCGGCAGCGUUGAGAACCGCUCCCGCUUUGCACUUCAGGUCAUGCGCGCGAUUGUGGACGUCAUUGGCCCUGAGCGUUCCGCAAUUCGCUUGUCGCCAUGGUGUUCCUGGCAGGGGAUGAGGAUGAACGAUCCUAUGCCGCAGUUUAUUUAUCUUAUCCAGCAGCUCCGUGGCAUGAAGUUGGCAUAUUUACACUUGGUAGAGGCAUUUGUAGCUCGGCAGACAAUUUCUGCGGAAGCUUUAUUAGGCGAUAGUAACGAUAUUCUCAUCCGCAUGUGGGGAAUGACAAGUCCAGUCAUUUUGAAUCACGGCUUCAAUGCGACAAGCGCCAUUGAGGCUAUCGAGAGGUACAUUGGGGUAGCCGACAUUGCGGUCGCUAUUGGCGCACCAUUCAUGUCGAAUCCAGAUCUUAUUUAUCGCAUCAAGAAAGGAAUCUCUCUGGCUGUGCCAGAUCGGUCCAAGUCUCACUCAAUCAUGGAUCCAGAUGGCUAUAUCACCUACCCCUUUUCAGGCGAGUGGAAGACAGAACAAGAAGCGAAACUGCGCGAGACAAAGCUUAGCAUUAUGCGGUCAAUGAUGGGAUUUUUCUCGACAUACUAG